UGCAGCUUAUUUCUUCCGUUCUGUGACUCAAGAAAACUUCCGAAUCUGAUUGUCUCUAGUUUCAUUUCGAUGGGGGACGACAUAAGGAUGUUUUUCAUUUACAUAAACUCUUCGUCAACAGUAUCAUCUUCCUCUCUUGACGGAACUCAAUGAAGGCAUGUCCCAUGUGUCGGCCUGGGGGGGACACUGGCGCAUCAAGCGUAGACGUCCAGCCAUGGUGCCACCAACGGCCUGGAUUACACACAUUACAGAUCGUCUAUAUUUCGCUACACUCAGAAGCAAACCCAAGAGCACAGCAAACACACAUUUCUUCUGUACAGAUGAUGAAUUUAUUUAUGAAAACUUUUAUGCAGAUUUUGGACCCCUUAAUCUAGCAAUGCUGUACAGAUAUUGCUGCAAACUGAACAAAAAACUAAAGUCUUUUACUCUAUCCAGAAAGCGUAUCAUCCACUACACCAGCUAUGAUCAACGAAAAAGAGCCAAUGCUGCUGUUCUUAUUGGUGCUUAUGCAGUAAUCUACUUAAAGAGGACUCCAGAGGAGGUGUAUCGGGCUCUGAUCUCUGGAACCAAUGUGUCAUACCUGCCUUUCAGAGAUGCUGCUUUUGGCAACUGCACAUAUAAUUUAUCCAUUUUAGACUGUUUACAAGGAAUCCGCAAGGCCCUACAACACGGCUUCUUUGACUUUGAGAAUUUUGAUGUUGAAGAAUAUGAACAUUAUGAGCGUGUGGAAAACGGUGACUUUAACUGGAUUGUGCCAGGAAAACUGUUGGCCUUCAGUGGACCUCAUCCCAAGAGUAAAAUUGAAAAUGGUUAUCCUUUGCAUGGUCCUGAAGCAUACUUCCCCUACUUCCGCCAACACAAUGUCAUGGAUGUUGUGCGCUUGAACAAGAAAAUCUAUGAAGGUCGCCGCUUCACAGAUGCCGGAUUUGAUCAUCAUGACCUGUUCUUUGUAGACGGCACCACACCUAGUGAUCUGAUCACAAGACGCUUUCUGCACAUCUGUGAGAGUGCAAAUGGUGCUGUGGCUGUCCACUGCAAGGCGGGGCUUGGUAGGACAGGCACUCUUAUAGGGUGCUACAUGAUGAAGCAUUAUCGUUUCACAGCACCUGAGGCGAUUGCCUGGAUACGGAUCUGCAGGCCCGGCUCCGUCAUUGGACCGCAGCAGCACUUUCUCGAACAGAAACAACACAGUAUGUGGGUGCAAGGCGACCUUUAUCGUUCACAGCAAAAACAACAGCAGCUGAGACAAAGUCGGCAACAAGAGAGAAACAUGUCCCGUCUCAUCUCCAGCAUGGAUGACAUUUCGAUCGACAGUGCCAGUCUUAAGCCACAGAGUGUGAAUGAGAAUGACUUCAGAGAAGAGGACAUGAUACAUACUCAAGGGGACAAACUACUAGCAUUAAAGGGCCAACGCCAUCCCAGACCUUCCAUCACAGCCAAUUGUGUGCUAAAUCCAGCUCAGAGCACCAUUUCACCUCCCAAAUCUUCCAAAGCUCCUCUAUUCCACUCCUCCUCGCCUGCACGGAGACUAGCACGCAGCCCUUCCUCAUCUGCUGGUAACCUUAAAAGCUUCAGUCCACGAUUAGCUCACUCCCUCGGCAACCUGUACGAUGAAAGCAACUUCCUCGAAGAUGCCAACAGCACACCUCAAUCCUCUUUCACUCCCUCCCCGUCUCCUGGCCUAACCCAAUGCUCCCCAGCUCCUCCAUCAGGAUUCAGCUUUGGCUACCCUGCUUCUGACCCCCGACCGCCUCCCUCCCACCUAAACUACAGUCAAGAGGUUGACAUGAACGUCAAUACCCUCCCUGGAGCUAACAGCAUAAGUGCUAGCCAUACAGUCAGGCCUGUAAACAGAACUGGCUACAGUCUGUUCUCCAGGAACCGUCCAAGCCCUCGUAGAGGUCCAGUACGUGCUGGACUCAGUGGGUUUCCAGCACGCUACCUCAGCAGAUCCAUUCCAUCCCUUCAGUCUGAAUAUGCUCAGUACUAAGACAAUUGAUAUCCACUGAUGGUCAUCACAGCUGAUCCGCCCUGGCAUGGAUGAUCUGAUGGAUGGUUCUUUAAUUUCUUCACAAAGCUGCUAAAAUAUUAAAUAUGUCAAACACUGGGCUUAAAGUGUUAUGGUUUUAUAAAUUGUUUCAAUAGGAAAUAAAAAUGUGGUUUCAAUUUAUAAAAUAACAUUUCACUAUGAAAUAGCAUAAAACACAAAUGUGUUUACUGUAUCAAACUCUGUUUUGUGUACAAAAUAUGAAGUGUAUCUACCAGUAUUUGUUAAACACAGCAACUACUAUUUAUCAACAAACUGUGAAAAUUCUGAUAAACGUCACAAUUUAAUUUAGCAGUCAUGGAUGUAUU